AUGCCCAUCCGGACCUUGUUCCCAGAGAGCUGGCUCUGGAGGAAGUUUUCUCUGCCAAAAAGUGGCUCAGGCCUCUCCCACUACACCAUCCUUAGGAACCUGCCAGAUUCCAUCACCACGUGGCAGUUUGUAGCCGUCAGCCUCAAAGCUGGACAAGGAAUCUGUGUCUCAGACCCCUUUGAGCUGACAGUUAUGAAAUCGUUCUUUGUGGACCUUAAGUUGCCCAUCUCCGUGGUCAGGAACGAGCAGGUCCAGAUCCAAGCUGUGCUGUACAAUUUCAGGGACCGCCAGGUCAAGGUCCGCGUGGAGCUCCCCUACAAAGAGCCCCUGUGCAGCGCGUCGAAGCCAGGAGCCCCAUCCCGCCAAGCAGGUGGUCAGAUACAGCGAAUGUUCCAUAGCAUCCUCCUGAACCCCCAAGGUCAGAUGCAGACAGAGUUGGUGCCAAGACAGGACAUUUUGAACACGGUGCCGGACACAGAGGCAGAACUGUUUGUCAGCGUCCAAGGUUACACCCGGAUGCUGACGCACCGGAGUGCAGAUGGUACCUACCACAUCCACAAGGGAAACCCAGGAAGCACCUGGCUCACGAGCUAUGUGUUCCGGAUCUUCGCCCUGGCCUACCCCACCAUGACAACCAGCGUGAUCCAGCUGAGCUCUCUCUGUGCCAUUCUUCACUGGAUCAUUUCCCAGAGGCAGGCGGAGGAUGGGCACUUCCUGGAAAAGGGCCCUGUGGUCAUGAAGUCCAUGCAGAGCGGCUACCGAGGCUCCGAGGCAGACAUAUCCCUUACGGCGCUUGUCCUGAUCGCCCUGAAUCAGGGGAAGGAUUUAUGCAGCCAGAAAAACUUGAUUUCCAGCAUGGAGAAAGCCCGUGACUUCCUGGAGAAACAGCUCCCUGACAUUCAGACUACCUUUGCCAUAGCCAUAGUCUCCUACGCACUGGCCCUCACCAACAGCCCCCGAGCCAAUGACCGCCUGGACACCUUUGCCAGCCUUGGUAGGUGUGAGACACUUCUUAAAUAA